GAAACGAGAGGCCAGCCUCCUCCCAGCAUCUGUUCAGCACCUCACGUAAACACAUUUCGUCCUUGUAGAGAUAACAGCUCUGCUCGCAGGUGGACACGAUGGGGAAGAUAGAGUGGGCCAUGUGGGCCAAUGAGCAGGCUCUGGCUUCGGGACUCAUUCUUCUUGCUGGAGGAAUAGUGGGGGUUGCAGGGCAGUUCAGAGGCUGGGAGUUUGCUGCUUAUGCGGUUGCCGCUGGAGUGUUUGUGUGUCUUCUUGAGUAUCCCAGAAGCAAGCGGGCCAAAGGGACAAGUGUGGAAAGAUCGGGCCAAUACUGCUUCACAGUGUGUGUCAAAGCCUUCGGACCACUAACGAGGAACUACUAUGUUAGAGCGUUCCUGCACGCUGCAAUCUGUGUACCUGGAGGGUUUAUGCUAGCAACUGUGCUCGGGUGUGUCUGCCUCGGCAUCGCCAGCCUCAUCUACCUUGCAGCAGCGAUCCGAGGUGAGCACUGGGAGCCCAUUCUUCCUCGUAAGGAUGUGCGAAAGCCAGUUGCCGAAAGUAUCAAGAAUCCUCCCCAGAAUCCACCGCCAAGACCUCCACCAGAAACUCGCAGGAAACAAGCCAAGGACCUGGAGGGAGCAGCAUACGACAACCCUUCCUCUGUUACUGACGAUUAGCGAGCCGCUCAGCAGCUCCAUCAUUUAUGUCCAACAAACCGGUCCCACCAGAUUCAGUGGCCAUACAUGAACAGUUUUUCUGAAGUCUUUUGAACGGAGCCAGUUAAUGAGCAAAAUGUUACAUUUUUUUCAGAAAAAAAAGUUAUUUUUUCUCUCUUUUGUGGAAGAAAAAAUUCCAUUACGCAAAAUGUCAAAAGGUAAAAUGAACAAAUUCUGAGUUUUCUUUGUAUUUUGACAUUAUGGUAAACGUGAAUGUUAAACCCUGUUUCUGUAUUUUUCCCAGUCAAGUAAGUUUUUAAGAUCAUUCAUGCAUCUUACAACUUAACAUGUACUUGAUCUGUAUGUUUGCGCUUCCCUUGAAAACACUGAAUCACUGUUCAGUUGUAUCAGAAUAAAUGCAUACAUUUAUUUUUGGCUGCAUCCAGCUGCUACUAACAUUUAAAAAUACGUGUUGCUAGCUAGGGUUGUAGUAAUCAUAGUUGCAUUGUAAAUAAAUCAUCUGCUUUCUUUGAAUCAUCUUCUGGAGGUUAGUGAUAUUAUUUUCCCCUUUUUGAAAUUGUUAAAGAAGCGACAUUUGCAACUUCCCCCUUUGGCAAAAACAGUAUUUCAGUAACUCAGAAUUUCCCUUUCUCCUCUCGGGCCUGUUUUCUUCUCCUUGGCUUUGUUUUCAUAAGUUUCCUUUGAGGGAAAAAAUGUUGUAUGUAUUUAUAUGUCUUCAAGUCAAACAGGUUCAGCAGCUCAAUCUCCAUUUCUUGAGUCUUAAAGUUAUUUGUUUCUGGGUUUUGUAGUCACAGCUGAUUAGUCAAGCAAUUACAGCCUGUUGGGAAAUAACAGGUGCUUCCUUAAUCAACCUGGGGUGGUAUGAGACCUAGCACUAAAAUACAAGAAUUGUAAGUAGUUUGCAACACGUAUAACAUUUUAUACAGUCUGAGUUCAUUUUCCUGUGUUUUCCCCAACUGUUAUUCUAAGCACAAGGAACUAGUCACAUACAAUAUUUUGAUGACAGUUGGUGAGCAGGAAGUGUUGUGUAAGACUGUUAAAGUAAAAGUUUGGUGGAACAAAGUAGUUUAUAAAGUAGAUUUCAUUCAGAAUAAAUCUGUCCACAAACACAAGACAA